UCAGACAACCCUUUGAGAGACUAGGAAUGGAUAUUGUUGGACCUUUACCUGAGACAAGGAAAGGAAACAAGUAUAUGGUUGUGGCAACUGAGUAUUUGACUAAGUGGCCAGAAGCAAGGGCAAUUCCUGAUGCAAAAGUUGCUUUGGUGGUGCAAUUCUUUUAUGAAGACAUUAUAAGUUGUCAUGGUUGUCCUAAAAUAUUGUUGACUAAAGCUCCUCGCAAGCUGGCUUCUGGCUCAUGUGGAGCCUUAUUGUUGACAAACCAGGGAACACAUUUUGUUAACCAAAUAUUGGAUGAACUAUGCAGAGCAAUGGGAAUAAAACAUAAAUUGUCAUUGGCAUUGGCAUAUCAUCCACAAACAAAUGGAUUGGUUGAAAGAUUUAAUAGGAUGCUUUGUGAAGCAUUGGCCAAAAGAGAAGCAAUAUUUCCAAUUGAAUUACAAAUUCCUACUUACCUUACAGAAAUUAGUAGUGAAGAACAAAAAGAAGAAUUAUUAUUAAAAUGA